CACGUGUCUGAAAUAAAAGUUGGAAAUCAUUAAAAAUUUGCUUAAAUUUAUUUAGAUUUGAUGUGUUAUAUCAAUUAAAUAAAUUAAAUUAAUUGUAAUAGUUAUUUAUUUUUCAUUAACAACACAAACAAGUGUUAAUUAUUAAAUCAUGUCAACAAAGUUAUUUGAAAUAGAUGAAGAUGAGAUAAUAGCAGUAAGGGGUAAAUUUAAAGGAACAUUUAAAUAUUUCUGUCGUGGUAAUGUUUUUUAUAAAAGACCAGCAACAAAAACAAAAAAAGAACGUUAUGUAUGUUUUCGUGCAAAUGAUGGUAAAUACAAAUGUCAAGUUUGUAUAAUGAAAAAUGAACAAGAUAAAUUUAUUCUAGAUAUGACAGAAGGACAUGAUCACAAUGAACCUGGUGAUAAAAAAAAAAUUGAAAGAAUUGUUAUUCAAAUACAAAAAGAAACAUUGGAAUUGCAAAAAAAUCAAAAAUAA